GCGGCACGCGGCAGUCUUCCCCAAUAAAGUCCUCUCUCCUCCUCCGCCGGAAUCCUUCGCCUCUUUUCCUCGUCGGCCUCCUUCUCCCAUCUUCUGGUGCCCGUCCCAUGCGGACGUGGUUCCCUCUGUUGGAAAGCAAGGACCAAUCUCAGCUGACCCUAUCCAAGCCGCCCUCAGCUAAUACCACCAGCACCAGUUCAUUUUUUCGAAAUAAGCCGGGGAUUCCACCAUGCCCCGCGGCAAGUCCGCCUCCGGCGGCAGCUUGUUCUACCGGAGGAAGCACUCAUGGCGCCGCGAUGAGUUAGUGAGCAGGAGCACCCUGCACCUGCUGGACUUCGAUGACGGUACACCACCAGAACAUGCUUGGAGAAGAAAAUUAAGUAGCCACGCUAAUAGACUGAAGGAGUUCAAUGUUACGUUCAGAGAAGCAUUUAAAAUGAUGAAGCUUGGUCUCCGGCUUUGGUCAUAUGUUCGAGAAGAAGCUUCUCAUGGAAGGAAAGCACCGAUUGAUCCAUUCACGAGAGAGAGCAGCAAACCAUCAGCCUCACAAGGAGUACCCCUUGGUGGGAUGGGGACUGGUAGCAUAUCAAGAGGUUUUAGAGGGGAGUUCAAGCAUUGGCAAAUAACUCCUGGUUCAUGUGAUAUGUCACCAGUGAUGGAAAACCAAUUUUCGAUCUUUAUAACUAGAGAAGGAGGAAGCAAAAAGUACUCCUCAGUUUUAGCUCCUGGUCAGCAUGAUGGUUUAAAAAAAUCUAGCGAUGAUGGCAUAUCAUCCUGGGAUUGGAAAUUAAGGGGUGAUCGUUCAACAUACCAUGCUUUGUUUCCUCGAGCAUGGACUGUUUAUGAUGGUGAACCUGAUCCUGAAUUGAAAUUAUCUUGCCGUCAAAUAUCUCCAUUUAUUCCCCACAACUACGAAGAGAGUAGUCUCCCAGUCUCCGUUUUUGUCUACACUCUAGUGAAUACCGGAAAGGAAAGGGCAAAAGUCAGCCUAGUAAUGACCUGGGCGAACUCUAUUGGUGGACUUUCACAUCAUUCUGGCGGUCAUGUAAAUGAACCAUUCAUUGGAGAAAAUGGAAUUUCUGGUGUUCUCUUACAUCACAAGACUGCCAACAAUAAUCCUCCAGUAACAUUUGCUGUUGCGGCACGUGAAAACCAAAAUGUUGAUGUCACAGUGUUACCAAUUUUUGGGCUUUCUGGAGAAAGUUCAGUCACUGCUAAGGAGAUGUGGGGCACAAUGGUCCAGGGUGGUUGCUUUGACCGAGAUAAUUUCAAUGCUGGCCCCAGCAUGCCUUCUAUAGUGGGUGAUACAGUUUGUGCAGCAGUUUCUGCUUCAACCUGGGUUGAACCACAUGGAAGAUGUACGGUCGUAUUUGCGUUGGCUUGGUCUUCUCCCAAGGUUAAAUUUAAGAAGGGAAGUACGUACCAAAGGAGAUAUACGAAAUUCUACGGAACGUCUCCAAGAUCUGCUAUAAACCUGGUGCAAGAUGCCUUGAUGAAGUACAAGCAUUGGGAAGAGGAAAUCGAUAAGUGGCAGACCCCAAUUCUCCGUGAUGAGAGGCUUCCAGAAUGGUACAAAAUUACUCUCUUCAACGAGUUAUACUUCCUAGUAGCUGGAGGAACUGUUUGGAUUGACAGUGAUUUGAGUUCAAGUCUACCUGAGGACAGUGAUUUGCCACUUCAUAACAGAACUUGCAACUCUACAGUUCCACUUAUUGGUUCUAGCCAACCUGAUUUUGAUGACAGAGAAAAUGUUGGGAAGUUUUUGUACCUUGAAGGAGUGGAGUACUUCAUGUGGUGCACUUACGAUGUACACUUCUAUGCUUCGUUUGCUCUGUUGGAUCUCUUUCCUAAGAUUGAGCUGAGUAUUCAACGGGACUUUGCUAGAGCUGUUUUGCGUGAAGAUAGAACCAGAGUCAAAUUUCUUGCUGAUGGUACAUGGGGCACACGCAAAGUAAUUGGUGCUGUUCCCCAUGAUCUCGGAGCACAUGAUCCUUGGCAUGAAUUGAAUGCAUACAAUAUACAUGAUACAAGUAGAUGGAAAGAUCUGAAUCCCAAGUUUGUGCUCCAGGUUUACAGGGAUUUUACUGCAACAGACGACAUGUCAUUUGGCAAGGAUGUCUGGCCUGCAGUUUGUACUGCUAUGGAAUACAUUGAACAGUUUGAUCGUGAUGGUGAUAGUAUGAUUGAGAAUGAUGGUUUUCCUGAUCAAACUUAUGAUACUUGGACUGUUCUUGGAGUAAGUGCCUAUUGUGGUUGUCUUUGGCUUGCUGCCCUUCAAGCUGCAGCCGCAAUGGCCCGCAGCCUUGGACAUGAUGACUACGCUGACAGGUGCAUGGUGAAAUUUGCAAAGGCUAAGCACGUGUUUGAAGCCAAGUUAUGGAAUGGGUCAUAUUUCAAUUAUGAUAGUGGAACAAGUUACAGUAGCCGCUCCAUCCAGGCAGAUCAGUUGGCUGGACAAUGGUACACUGCAUCAUCUGGCUUGCCACCCCUGUUUGAUGAGGACAGAAUAAAAUGCACGCUUCAGAAAAUAUUUGACUACAAUGUGAUGAGGGUGAAAGGAGGACGCAUUGGAGCAGUCAAUGGUAUGCAUCCAAAUGGGAAGGUAGACGAGACAUGUAUGCAGUCAAGAGAAAUCUGGACUGGAGUAACGUACGGUUUAGCUGCAACGAUGCUGCUCCACGGAAUGGAGGAUCAGGCUUUCACUACAGCACAAGGCAUUUUUCUUGCAGGAUGGUCUGAAGAGGGCUAUGGGUAUUGGUUUCAAACUCCGGAAGGAUGGACUAUUGAUGGCCACUAUAGAUCGCUGAUAUACAUGCGCCCGCUUGCGAUAUGGGCAAUGCAGCAUGCGCUGUCUCCUCCAAGGGCGAUCCUCGAGGCCCCAAAGGUAAAUACAAUGGAGAGGGCCUACGUUUCUCCCGGUGCGCUCCAGUUUCUCCAGGAUAGCGUCAGGAAGAUCACUCCCAAGAGCGGCUGUUUUUGAGCCAAUGUGUGUGUGGUUUGUGAUUGCUGGUGUGAUUAGAGAUUUAGCUCAAUUGUUCAUGUACAUGCAUAUGUAAAAAAAGAAACUCAGAGUUGCAAUUUACUUUCCGCAGAGGGAAGGUAAUGUGCAACCAAUCUUGUCUUGUAUAUUGUGAUUACUGCCAGCGAGCCUAACUCUGUACAGUACUGUACAUACAUAUAGAGUGGAAAAAAUACUUCAUCUUGUCGACAA